GGGGGGGGGGGGAUCAAUUUGCAACAGCAUAGUGUAUUGCACAAAAGCAAAAAAUUGAAUAUAAAUUCAAAUCAUAUAACCAAUUCUAAGUUCUUUGACUACAGUUAUUCGGUGUCAGAAACUUAUUAUGUGUCAAAUAUUUAAUUACAAUCCAAAUUCAGACCUGUAUCAAGCGCGAAUAUUGAUAUUGUGUCCAUUUUUGCCCCAACUGUUCAGGGUUGGACCUCUGCGGUCGUAUCCAGCUGCGCUAAGCGAAGCAUUUUAUUAAGAAUGUUAUUGUACAAAUUUCCUUCAGUUUGCUGCAUUGAUUGGUCAGGGAUGGGAACAAACAUAAUAAAACAGUUGUUAAAAUUUUGCAUGAAAUGAAAGUUUGACCUUCAAAACCCAUAUGGAUUUAGAGAUCUUUUCAUACUUUAAUUCGCAGAGCUGGUAGGCCUAUAAUACUGCAGAUCAUUAUCAUUGAAAUAUCUUAUGUCUGUUUGUUGAAAUAACUAGAAUUUUCUGUUGUCUAAUAAAUUAGAAAUUGCACAAGUAAAUCAUUGUAUCUUUGGAAGUACAAAAAUUAGGUGAAUAUAAAAGGAGAUAUAUGGUAAUACCCAAUGAGACAACUUUCUCCAUGACUAUCCACCAGGUACCAAAAGACAAGAAUAUAAACAACUGUAGGGAACAAUACAGUUUUUAACAAUGACCAAAACCCAUAUAUGGUCUAGACUAGAGCUAUAAAUGGCCCUGACAUGACAUAUAUUUGUCCUUGGAUAUAAUCAUGAUAAUGGUAGAUAAAUUAUGUUAUAUAAUGAUUAUUAAAUACUGGAAGGAAGUAUGAAGAAGUUGUGGGCUGUAAAUUAACUGUAAAUAAAAAUCUCCCAUACAUAAUUAUUACUUUUUUUUCUCUCCAUAAAAUGAUGAAAUGUUUUCUGCAUAUUUCACCCAUUGUAAAAUUUUAAAUCAUCAGCUUGAUAUGUGAUGAUUAAAUAUCACCCCCUCAAAGUGGAAAUGGUAGAUCCAAACAUUGGUGCACUUGUACUUCUCUGUAUUAAUUUAUUGUUUAGAGGUGUAAGGAAAAGUGAGAUUGGACUGUGAUAAAUUCAGGAAUUUCUGUGGUAUAGAGAGCUAAUCAUCUUUGGAUAUAUUUUAUUAAUAUUUAAAAAAAAAAGGUGGAUAUUCUAGUCAGCCAUGGGGGCAGAAGAAAGUAAAGGAAUAAAUUAUGGCUUGAUGGGCCCUACUACUGUGGUGGCCAACAUGAACCGUCAAGCCCAAGCUGCCAGACCAUGGUCUCUUUUACACAUGUGUUCAGUGGACCAGUGGAAAUCCGGGCAUGCAGAGGCUGCUGGAUUUUCAGAGACCACAAUGUCAUGCAAUGGAGUUGUGUUCAAAGACUGUAGUCCUACGUUUUGUAUUAGCCGCCAGGGUAUCAUCAAUCUUAACAAAUCUCAUUCACUGUUCAGUUUCCGUAGACGCAACAAGUUCACCAAGAUGGCGGAACAUUUUGAGUACAAUCAUAUUCCUGCACAACUCUCAUCUAUUCAAAACUUUCAUGUCAAAAGUGUUUUAUGCUAUCAUGAGUCAACAGUCGUUCUUCAUCUAGUCAGAAACAUGAUGACACAAUUUGGUGUUAUUGACUUGGAAACAAACAAAUUCCUAGGCGUGUUUGGUAAAAAGAAUGUUGAAUUUGUGAAUGAGGCCUUGCGAGGGGAGAUAAGUCCUGAUGGAACCGUGUGCCUGAUUAAAAUUCCAAGCAUAAAAUCAGACAAUAACAGUGCAUUUGUCUUCCAGUUAUUUUGUCUCAAGAAGCGAGAGCUGAUAAGGGAGGUCACUCUGCCAUUUCAUCAUAGUUUAUUUGCAUUUGAUCCAAGAUUCAGUUCAUCUAGAAUAGCUGCCACAAGUUUUCUACGAGGAGAGGAUAACAGUUUAAGUUUGGUGCAGACAGAUUCGUGGUCGGUGCUGCGUACAAAUCCACGAGUUGAUGAUAUGCAUUCUAGUCUAAAUCCACAUUUAAAAGAUAUAUUCUUUGCCAAAGAUGGCUAUCUUAUCUUUGCCAUUAUGGUUUCGAGUGGAGCAGGUUGUUGUUGUCGUGAAAAAAGAGCACGACGCAUGCAGCCAGUUGAUGUUUGUGUUUAUAUAUUCAAUGCUGACACAACACAAACUCUUCAUUGUAUCCAGUACAAUCGCUUCAUUUGUGCAAUACAUUCUUGUCCCGUCAAUUACCUUCCAAUAUUUUCAAACUGUGGUAGUAGAAUGGCAAUAGUUUUAAAUGACAAAGAAACACAAUAUGACCAUUUACAGAUUUACAAACUACCCACGGCUGGCAGUCUGCAGAACCGAUGUCGUAUCCGGAUAUUGCAACAGUUCCAGUACCCUGAUAUAAUACAGCGGUUGCCAUUGCCAAACAGACUGAUUCAGUACCUUCAGUUUCAGCCAGAAUUUGCAUAGACUCAUUUAGAUUAUUUUCAAAUUGAGGAAUUCUUAUAAUCAUGGCUAUGGUCAGUAAAAAUUCAUUUGAGGUCACUGUGGCCAGUAGCUAGUAAAAAAUGUGAUCACUGGGCCAGUACUGGUUAGAAAUUAUAAAAAAAAAAUGUGCCUGCAUACUUUAGAAUAUUUCUGACCCCCAAAUAAAAAUUAACUUAACAGUAUAUAUAAGAUUUAAAAGGAUAUUAUGUGAUAAAGAUAUUCUAAAGUAUACUUAUCCACACAAUUAUUUUGUGAAAUAUCAUACCGGGUUACGUUGGUUUGUAUUUCAAAUUUUACCAACCAGAAAUGUAAACAGGAAGAUUUGACAAUCAAAGGAUUUAGCUGUUGAUAUUAGUAAGGAAAGAAGCACUUUAUAAUAAUUUCCAUAUUAUAGUUUCAUGACCUGCUGUUUUUGUUAUGUUCCUGUUAUUUGCCUGUUGCCUAUAGAACAGACAGUGGAAAGAAUGAUUCGGCAAAAACUAAAAAAAAAUUUGCAAGUGCAAUUGUGAUAUGUUCAAUAUUACCAGGUGAUAAUGAAUUGAUUUGAUCAUGAUUAUUUGGUAAUUUCACUUGAGAAAAAUAAAGAAGAUUGAAAAAAAAACUUAACUUAAAAUAUUUUAGUUAUUUACUUUUCAUUGACACUUUUGGAUAUUUUUACUAUAAUUUAUAUUAAUUAUUGAUAUAAAAAUAUCGAAUUUAAUGGGGAAAUUCAGUAGCUACAAAGGGGUAAAAUUUGUUAAAGAAGAACAAUAUUUGACAAUUAACACGAGGAAAAAAGACAAAAAAUAUAGAAAAGACAAAAACUAGAUCACAAAAUAUUUUUUUAAAUUUUAACAUCAAGUCAGUUUAAGUAACAUGAUCUCAUUAAAAUUGUCCACAAGACUCAUUCAGUAAGUUUUUACCAACCAAAUAGAGUUUUGUUAUUGAAAAAUAAGCAGUCCAAAAUAGCGAGAAAGUAAUGGUUGUUUUGACCUUAAUGCUUGUGCUAAAAAAAUGACUAUUUAACAGCCUUGUAAAAUUGUUUUUUGCACCAUUCAAUCCAAUUUUGUGUCUCUUCCUCAAAACUAGGUAAUAAAAAAAAGGUCAGUUGAAAGCCCCUUUUUAAAUCUAAUGAUUGCUUCUUCAAUCUGACUAGUCAUGUAAGCUGUGAUCCUUGUAGUAAACUACAUGUGUGUAAUGUGAUAAGCAACAGUGUGACUGCUAUGUACAUGGUAUCUGUGUGAUGUCACUUAUAUGUUACAGCAAAAACUAUAGAUGUGAUAACAAGUUCUCUUGCAAAUGUUUCAUUUCUAAUUCAAUUUUAUGAUAAGUUACCAUAGAAUUGAUCUAAAUUACAAACAUUUUUUCUAUAUGAGGAAAUUGGAUUCAACACAUGAAAGAUUUAACAUGUAGGAAGCCCUUGAUGAAAUUAAAAUAGAAAUGACCAGUCACCAUUUGCAAGAAAAUAAUUUAUACAUACAUAGGCUAGGCUGUUAAUUCAAAAGAAUAUUGUAAAGCAUAUAUUGAAUGUUUGUUGAGUAUAUUGUAUAUAUAUAUAUAUGAUAUUCAUAUUUAUUGUGUGUGAAAAGGAUAUGCUAAAAGUAAUGUUUUAUGUUAAUUGUGCUAUCUGGUGCUGUCUCUGUUGUGAAAUCAUGUGCUAGGCCUACAGUACUGUUAGUGCUUUGAUCAAAAUUUGAAACUGAAAUAUGUUUCUUUGUGAUUGUUCUAUUGUUAAAUAUGUUAUAUGAUUGUAAAUUUUAGAAUGAAAGAAAAAUUGAUGCGAUAUAAGCAGUUUGAAUGUUACUGUAGGAUGGUUUUUUGUCUAAUUUUUAAGGAGAAAAUGUUAAAAGUUUAAAGAGUAAUUUUAAAUCCCUUUGAUUUUACUGUUGAUCUGCAUUUUCAUUUAUGACAAAUGACAAGUUUAUUUUAAAACGAUAUUGCAGAGAUAUAUGGAAUUUUACAAGAAUAUUGUUAAUUUUUGUCCAUCUUACAAUGUGCAGGACUAUGGUUAUCAAAAAUAUAUUUAUUACUAUUAAAAUUGAUUUUAAAGAUUUAAAUCUUAUGAUGUCAUCAUCCUUUAAUGUUGAUCCUUGCAUUUGCACAUUCGAUAUUUCCUUUUCUUUUGUUAUUAAACAUUUAUUAAUUCGACUGAAAAGUGAUGCAAUAUUUCUUGGUGUAUUACUAAACAUUUCUUGCAAUAUUGAAAGUAUUCAUCAUACACAUGAUUUGUAAACAAGAAUUUUUGUAUAACUGUUCAGCUAAAAUAUUAAAACUCUCAAAAUUUAAGGAUCCUGAAUUUGCAAAUGACUUGUAAUUAUUUGCAUUUUGAUUGUGAUUCACAUGAAGCUACAUUUCUGAUCAUUUUGUGCAUAAAUCAACGUAAUUACAUGAAUAGUACUGUGGGGGGGGUCAUUUUUAUACGACCUCGAAAAAGUUUUUGUGGUCCUUUAUUGGUAUGUCGUCGUCGUCGUCCGGUGUCGUCCGAAGACACAUUGGUUUUCGCACUCUAACUUUAGUUUAUGUGAAUGGAUCUCUAUGAAAUUUUACCACAAGGUUCAAUACCACAAAAGGAAGGUUGGGAUUGAUUUUGGGGGUUAUAUAACCAACAGUAAAGGAAUUAGGGGCCAAAAAGGGGCCAAAAAUAAGCAUUUUUGUAACUUCCAGACAUAACUUGUGUGUUAGUGUAUGGAUCUCUCUGACAUUGUACCACAAGGUUCCAUAUCACAAAAGGAAUGCUGGGAUUGAUUUUGGGGGUAAUUGCCUCAAAAUUUUAGGAAAUAGGGGCCAAAAAAGGGGCAAAAAACAAGCAUUUUUCUAGUUUCAUGACAAUAACUUGUGUGUAAGUGUAUGGAUCUUUAUGAAAUUGUACUACAAGGUUCCAUAUCACAAAGGGAAAGCUGGAAUUGAGUUUGGGGGUAAUUGCCGAAACGUUUAGGAAUGGGGGGCCAAAAAGGGGCCAAAAAUAAGCAUUUUUCUAGUUUCCAGACAAUAACUUGUGUUCAAGUGUAUGGAUCUCUCUGAAAUUGUACUGCAAGGUACCAUACCACAAAGGGAAGGCUGGGAUUGAGUUUGGGUGUGAUGAAUCAUAAGGGGGUUCAAAAAAUUUGGGGGGGGGGGGGAUUUUUUUUUUUUUCCUAUUUUUUCUUUUAAAAUUUUCCAUUUUAAGUUGGUUAUUUCUGAUUUAUAUUUAAAAGCAAAAAAUAAUGAUAUGGUAGGAGAUACACACCAAACAGGAUGUGUAAAUUAUUAUAUAAUAAGUAUUGUGCAAUAGCAAGAAAUUUUCAAUUGCACAGUACUGCACAAUAGCAAGAAAUCUUCAAUUGCACAGUAUUGCGCAAUAGCAAGAAAUAUCCAAUAGCACAAUAUUGCGCAAUAGCAAGAAAUUGUCAAUUGUACAGUAUUGCGCAAUAGCAAGAAAUAUUUAAUUGCACAGUAUUGUGCAAAUGAAGAUACUUUGUAUAAAUUGCUUAUUUCUUGACCAAUUUCAAUGGGGUUUUAUUCUUGAAUUCUUGGGGUUCUUUAAUAUGCUGAAUCUAACCAUGUAUUUAGUUUUUGGAUUUUGGGCUAGUUUUUAAAUUGGUCCACAUUGAGGUCUAAAGGGUCCAAAAUUAAACUUUGUUUGAUUUCAUCAAAAAUUGAAUUAUUGGGGUUCUUUGAUAUGCCGAAUCUAACCGUGUAUUUAGAUUCUUAAUUUUUGGUUCCGUUUUCAAAUUGGUCUUCAUUAAGGUCCAAAGGGUCCAAAAUUAAACUUAGUUUGAUUUUAACAAAAAUUGAAUUCUUAGGGUUCUUUGAUAUGCUGAAUCUAAACAUGUAUUUAGAUUUUUGAUUAUGGGCUCAGUUUUCAAGUUGGUCCAAAUCGGGGUCCAAAAUUAAAAUUUGUUUGAUUUCAACAAAAAUUGAAUAUAUGGGGUUCUUUGAUAUGCUGAAUCUAACCAUGUAUUUAGAUUUUGGAUAUUGGACCAUAAUAGGUGAAUGUCCAAUUUAAAAUUUUUAAGUUCUUAGACCACAUUCAUUCUGUGUCAGAAACCUAUGCUGUGUCAAAUAUUUAAUCACAAUCCAAAUGCAAAGCUGUAUCAAGCUUGAAUGUUGUGUCCAUACUUGCCCCAACUGUUCAGGGUUCGACCUCUGCGGUUGUAUCAAGCUGCGCCCUGCGUAGCAUUUUAUUUGCUUUUGGUUCUAAUUUUCAUGGAUUUUCAGAGUAUAUGUGAAAUAUGAAGUUUUAGAGUUCAACAAAAUACAGAAUUCUGAUUGGUUGUUUCAUGCAGAAUUUGUCAAAACCAUGAAGUCAAGUAUCUGCGAAAGUUAAAUGUUUCAUCAGUCAAUGAAAAUUGAAACCCAUGGAAAUAAAUGAAUCCACAGUAUGUAUAAGAUGUACCCAUAUUAUUGAAAGAGAAAUCACUUGUACAGAAUCAUAUCCAAUCACAAAGUGCUAUAUAUAUUUUUUGUUCAAAGUAUAAAGUGUUAAAUCAUAAUUUAUGAUGAAUAUACAUACUUGUUCAUGUAUUUAAAAUCAUAUUUAUCCCAAUGUCAGAAUGAAGCUGUUAUCACCAUGUUAGUCUAUAUGAUUAUGAUUUUAUGAACAGAAUAUUUUUCUCUUUUUUUGGUGAACUUUUAUUGUUGGGAUUCUGUCUCAUUAUACAUCUAUUUUCAAUUAUUAAUGUUUUUUUACUUUCUCCCUGUACAAAGCUAAAUACUUGAAAAAGUUUAUUGAUCUUGUUAAAAUUAUCAGCCCUUCAAUUUAAGUGACAGUUUUUCAAGGUCAAACAAUUACAAUGUUUUUGAAUUGAAAAAACAAAAACGAUAGGUAUUCAUGCUAAGGCUAUAGUGGUUCAAAAUAAUAUUCAUUAAUUGUAAAAAGAACAAUUGUAGUCUUUUUUAAAUUUGAAUGUAUAUCAGAUUCUAUUGACAUUGGUCCAAAACAAGAACAUGUAUAUUAUUAAAAAUGUAAUACUAUGAAAAUUAUAAACUUAUUGUUGUCAGCUUAUUAAUCUAUAUACAUUGGUAUGUGUCUUGUAAUUAGCUUUUGAUUUAUGACCAGCUAUAAAUAGCACAAGGAAAUCUGUCUAAAAUAGCACCGCAUAAUGUACUUGAUAUGUAAUUCAUGCAAGAAUGUAUCACUGCCAAGAUGUAGAAGCUUAAAAAUAUAUACAUCAUAUUUAUUAUGUUUAUGUAGGAUUUGGGAACAAUUUUUUUUAUGAUAAAUUUCAAAAUACCUGUCCAUAAUAAGGAGACGUGUGCAAACUCUAUCUUCUAUAGGUUUAAUAGUGUUUUGGGGACUGGUUGAAGUUGUUUGAGUCAAGAGAUUCAUUGCUGAGUUGUCAUAUGGACGGGUUGGAGCUGUUUGAGUCAGAGAUUCAUUGCUGUGAGGAGCUGUUUGAGUAAGAGAUUCAUUGCUGUGGUGUCAUAUGGACUGGUUGAGGCUGUUGGAUAUGGAAAUCCUAGAUUGCUCUGAAGUACAACAGCCUGUUUUUUGGGGUCUAUUUCAGCCGAGUGACAUCUAACUUAGUAAUACUCAGUCAGAAAAUUUUAUUUCCCCAAAAAUCCAAAUUGAUGAAACACAAAAUAAACAAAAGUAACUUGUCAAAAGUGUUACAGUAAAUUUUAUAAUACAUGAUAGAAAGUGCUGGUUUAUUUUAAUGAUGGCCAGUUUUGUUAAAGACCAGCUAGACUUUUUAUAAGUAGACUACAUCAUAGUUUUACUCUUGGUAUUUGAUUUGUAAGCAUUCUUUGAUAAUAUUUCUCCAUUAUGUCAAAUAAGUGCCUAUUUAUAUGAUUAUUUUACCAUAAGUUACUAUUUCAUUAGUAAAGAUUAUACAUGGAAAAAAGCAUUUUUUUGUGAAUAGAAAAGAAAACUACACGAUGUUAUAUUAAAAUGAAAUAUGAGAAGAUAGCUCUUAUAAAGUACUUUCCAAUAAAGAAAAAGAAAAAUUGGGAUCAGCAUAUUCUUUUUCUUGCUUCAUAACAAAAUAAGUAAAUUUACUGUAGAUUCCUUCAUAAAAGUAAAUUAUAUGCAUUAUCUCCCCUGAUAUAACAAAGAUUUAAAAUUUCAUAUCCAUGAACAUUUUUAUUUGCUAAUAUCAGUAAAAACAUAGACUGUUCAUUUGCAAUUUAGACUCCUUAUUCACCUUUACAAUGUAAAAUGUUUAUCUCAGUAUUGCUCAAAUGAGAUGGUUUGAUUCAGAACUACUACAGCUACUAUUGAAAUUACCAUUCCAUAUGUGAGGCAUAUACGAGGUGAUUUUACACAAGAUAUACCUAAAUUCAAACAUUUUGACCUCCACACCUGAAAAGUUUUAUCAGUGAAUUUUUUUUAGACGGAACAAAAAUAGUAAUUGCCAUAGAGGAGUUCUUGUAUUGUGGUUGUUUCAACAUAGAGGUUUGAAAGACAUAUUACUGGAAAUUUUUCACCUGCUGAAUCUUUGUGACGAGUUAAGGUGGUACCAAACACCUUGACUAAAAUUAAUUUGGCUCGUUUAAUUUUCAUAAAAUUUUGACAAAAUAUUUACUUUGACCCUUUUACAAAAAUAUAAAAUUUCAAAUAACUUGAACCACACGCAUUAUUGAAAAAAUUUCAUUGGAUAUAUAUAGCAGUUUGACAAACACUAAUUUUGAUCUUUGAGAAGCCUAAUAUUUCCUUAACAAUAGAACGUGAUUAAAACGUUCAUCUGAUUUUUAACAGAGUUAUCUCCCUGUAUUGUUAUGUACCACCUUAAGCAAAUGGAAAGAUAUUAACGUAUUUGCACAUCAAAUAAUAGCCCCCUCUAAUCUUAAUGCUAAAAUAUAUUCAAGACACAACCAACCAUAAAAAUCUAUCUGCAAGUGUCUUUUAUAAGACUCCCAGAUAUUUUUUACUAGAACAGGUCUUACAGAUUACUGUUGAAGAUUUUCCAUUAAAUAUUUGAUUAACAUCAAUGAAAGCUUUCAUCAAUCUGUUAUUUCCUAGUAAUUUAAGUGAAUUUAAAUUGUAUGAUUUUAAGAGCCAAAAAUCACGGCAUGAGUUUUUACUUGCAUUUUGGCAUGUCAUGUCAUUUCAUGUCGUGCUAGAGGUUUCCAAAUGUGAUUUAGAUUUUAGAAAAUUCAGUUAGAAAGAUUUUUGGUUUAUCAUUAUAAACAAUAACCUUUCAAAUGCAAUAAAAAAAUGAAACGAUUGUUAUAAGUUAUAAAAGAACGUUUCUUGCAUCUACUCUUCAAAUAAUGUAAAAAAAGAAUUAGGUAAAAGCUUCUAGUGUUGAUGGUUGUGUUUUUAUUGUUUAUUACUUCAGUAUGGUUGAGCAUUAUCCCUGGUGUGUCAUUCUGUGUCAGAUUAUACUAUUGAUUUCUAUAAGAGAAUCUUUGUAGUAAUUUGUAACUGUGACUUUAUUUGUACAUAAUGAUACCUUUAUAUGUCAUAAUUGUAUUUAUGAAAUAUUCUAGUCAAUUCUCGAGACAUUCAUGCAUCAUGUUUCAUAUAAUUUUUACCGUCUGCUGGCUUUUUUCGCAGGCGGAUAGCUUUAGUGAUGGUAUUUUUAUAGAAUAUUUUGAUACAUAGUCUUUUUCUUAGGGAAUAAAUUGUCAUCUGUUGUAUUGUUUCCAUUACAAACCAACUUGAAAGUCACAGAAAUUUUUACUUUUCAUCAAUAAGGCCAAAUAAACAAAAAUAUGUCUUCUGAGGCUACUCGUCCUUAUUUACUGUAAAGGUGACCCUCAACUAGUUGAGGUACAGGUAAUCAUAGAUUAACACUGUCUUAAGUCAAGAUUAAUGAUUUUAUAUUUCUUUUUUGAUGUAAAAAAAGUUACAAAUGAAAACUUAAUAAUCAAUGAACCUCAAUUUUUAUCCUAUAUAUCAGGAAACAUAUAUAUAUCAUAUUAUAUUUUUAGCCCAUCCUUGACACAAAAAAAACCCUUAAAACCUCAAUUUGAUAUUACAGUCCCUUAUGACUAAAGAAGCUAUUUUGCAUUAGGAUUACUCUCGCAUUUGAUAUUACUAAAAACAUUCUUAGCACUUACUUACUCAACAAAGGUCAGAUCAUUCAUCUGCUAACAAACUUGAAUUUUCAAAAGAAAAUUGUAAUUGCCUACUGACCAGUAUAUAAAAUGUAAGUCUGACAUCAGUUUGUGUAUAAGUGCAUAAAACUGAGUGUCCAGACAGAUCAUAAAAUCCUCAUUAUAAUUUGACCUGUCAAUCUUACAUAGCAAAUGAUUUUGCAAUGGAAAGCAAUAGUCAUCUUCAUUAUGACACAAUUUAAAAAAAUCGGACUGAAAUACAGCUCCUGUGUCCACUAUAGACCUUAUCGCUAUUUGGGGAUCUGCGCCAUUUAAACCCAGAAUUUGCGACACUUGAACUAUUGACGUCAUACAACAAUCACUUUUUCUCUUGUGAACUCAAAAUUUUACAGGAACUUCUGUGAUUUCCAGUAAAGGAUCUGAGGCUGCUCUGUUUAACUUUCUAUUUUGAUGACCUUUAUGGGCAUCCUCAGAUUUUAUGAUAAUGAUACAAAUGUUCAAAUAUUUGAGGCAGAAAUUUCAUUGGUUGACUUGAAUAUCAGAACAGAAAUUGUAAGAUACUCGUAAGUAAACGGGAGACACAGGAUUUGUAUUUUAUUCAGAUUGAAUUUAAAAAAAUUAAAUAAAAUGUAAGAUCUUUAUUUUAACAGUUGCAUUAUUUAAUCUAUUUUUGUAAAAAAACGACAUAUAAGCCCCUGUAAUACACAUUUGAUUAUACAAGAAUUUAAUAAAAAAUGUCAACAUCAUUUUGAGAAAGAAUAAGUAUUGUAACACAAAUGGACUCAUUAUGGAAAAUAGUUCUUACAAAAAUAACAAUAUUUUCAUUAAAUGUAAUAUAAUAAAAUUGUCAAAUUGUCAUUUCUAUCGAAGAGAAAAUAAUGUAGAAAUAGCUAACUUGAAUCGAAUUUCCAAUUUGCUUCUGGUUGGAAUAUCCAACUGCUGAAGUGAAAUGAAAUUUCAGGUAUUUUUAGUCCCAUUAAUAUGAAUACAUUAACAAUAAAUUCAUAAAAAUUUAGCAUUAAUUAAUUUUCAUUAGAAUUUCUGUUUUCAGUUAUAAAAUUCAGAAGCAAAUAGAAAAGAUUAGUUUAUUCUUUAGUUUAAUAUUCACAAGUAAAUAAUGAAUUAAACUCCAUCUGGUGAACCAAUGCCUGUGUGAAUCAUUUCGAUUGAGUCCCUGAAGUGAAUACCUUGGUAUGCAGGGUUGUCAAAUUAUGCAAAUGAAUGCAACAUUUAAAUAAUACCCAAAAUGAUUUAUAUAAAUAUAUGGGACAAGUUUUAAAAUCAAGCUUUUACUUAUGCACAGUCUCAUUAAUUCUGAUGUGAUAAGAUUUGACGUAGAGUUUUCAAAAUUUUAAUAUUGUGUCCAGGGGAGUAAAACUUAACAGUUUUAUUUUAUAGUUUACAAUGUAAGGAUAUUAAAAUUGUAUGACCGUCAGGUCUAUUCUGUUUAUAUUCUUUGGUGUAAUGUAAUAUGCAGUAUGUAAAAAUGUUAUAAUUUUUUUUAAAGUUGAUAUGAACAAGAGAUCAAAGACACAGGACAAAAUGUUAGGCUUAGAAACCAUUUCUCUUCUGUGUUUUUUUUAAAUCUUAAUGUAUUUGAAUUUUUAGGAAAAACAUAGAUCAGGUGCAAAGUAAAAAAAUAGUACUUUUAAAAAAUUAUGUAUUUAUGCAAGAACUUGCAUAUGACUAAAUUAAUAAUGCCUGUUUGAAUAUCUUUACCAUUCUUGUUUUUAUCAAUAGGUCAUUUGUUUCUCAAAUUAUAAAUCAAGCAUUACUUUCAAAUUGUGCAAUUUUGCAAUUGUUUUCAUCAUUGUUAUUAUUUAUUUAUUUGUUAAUUAUAUAACUAUAGUGAUUUUGCCUGCCAAAAUGAUAAGCUCAGUGCUAAGCAGUGUGUUUAUACUCUACAUGAGAUCACUGUGGAAAUAAAAGUUUAAAAAUC